AUGGCCAAGGAAAGCUCCAACCUCCUCAAGCACUACCUCAAGCUCGUCAACGAGCUCCGCAGACCCAAGCCAGCAAACGACUCCACCGAGUCCUCGCUCAAGGAGCGAGCGGACGAGCACUCUGGCUAUGGCUUGAAGCGGGUGCCAACUCCCUACCCGCUCAUGACCCGGAACUGA